UAUAAAUAUAUAUAUAAGUCAUUUAUAUAUAUUUCUACCUCAUCUAAUAAAAAAAAAGAAGGCUCUCUCUUUGAAUUGUGUUAGCUGAAGAAGAAAACCAGUUACAAGUUUUGUUUAUAUUCUCAGUUGAAUAUAUAUGGAGUGGAUUCAAAGAAGGCAAGUGACAAUAUCUUUACUACUUGUUGUUAUUCUCAUGGCCUUGAAUAUCAAUAGUCUUCAUGGAGGACUAAUUGGUCCAGAAAGAAAAUUAGUUGAAAUAGAAAAACAAACAGGAUCUGAUGACACUGUGAGGAUUGAUCCAUUGAAAAAUUUCAAAAAAUACAGAGGAGGAUUUGAUAUUACAGAAAAACACUAUUGGAGCUCCACUAUUUUUACAGGUAUAUAUGGCUAUGCUAUUGCUGUGAUAUGGCUUUUAUGUGGCUUAGGAUAUGGAUUAUUUCUUGUUGCUUCAACUUAUUGUUGUUGCAAAAGAAACAAGAGAAAGCUCAAAAAGAGAACAACUUGUUGUUAUAAUAAACAUGAUUGCUAUCUCUGGAUUAUUGUCUCAGCCAUUUUCUUGACAAUUUUAGCAAUAAUUGCAACAGGGUUGGUUCUAGGAGGGAAUGGGAAUUUCCAUUCAAGAACAGAUAAAGUAGUGGAUAUAAUAAUUGAUACAGCAGAUGGAGCAUCAGAGACAAUUUAUACUACAACUAAAGCUAUGAGAGAAAUGAAUAGUGGAUUAGAAGGGACUGAAAUAGGUCAAGAAGCUUCUAAUUUCUUAAUUCCAACUUCUAGAAGACUUGAUACACAAGCUGAUGACAUAAGUAGAGAAGCCAGAAAAAAUAGGAGAUUAAUUGAAAAACUCCUCAACAUAGUGUACAUAGUGACUAUAGUGAUUAUUUCUCUUAACUUGGUUGCUCUAAUUGCUCUCUCAGUAUUUGGGAUACUCAAAUUUAGAACCACCCUUAAAUUGCUCAUUGCAUUAUGCUGGAUCUUUACAGCUCUGUGCUGGUUCCUUUUUGGGAUUUAUUUUUUCAUAGACAAUUUUGCUGGAGAUACAUGCACUGCACUAGAAAAUUUUCAAUCAGAUCCCUAUAAUAGCAGUUUGAGUUCAAUUCUUCCCUGUGAUGAAUUGGUUUCAGCUGAAUCAGUCCUUCUUGAUGUUAGUCAAGGGGUACAUCAAAUAGUCAACGAGGUGAACCAAAAGUUAUCUAUAGAAUAUGGAAAUGUUGCACAAAUUUGUAAUCCUUUCUCUGGUCCACCACAAUAUAACUACGAGCCAGGGAACUGUUCCUCUACUACGAUUCGCGUAGGAGACCUUCCUCGGAUAUUCAAGAUGUUAACCUGCACUGAUCCAACUUGCACUGGAGGAGUCAUGAUCUCUCCUCGAGAUUUCAACACAGUCGAGGCUUACACAACCGCGGUCCAGAAAAUCCUCGAUGUGUACCCUGGAAUGGAGAAUCUAACUCAAUGUGACACAGUGUUUAAUGCAUUCGAUGAUAUCAUUGACAAUCACUGCAAACCAUUGAAGAAAAGCGCGCAUUUGGUAUGGGGAGGACUUGUUUUCCUCUCAGUAGUAAUGGUAACGUUAGUCCUCGUGUGGUCAUUCGAAGCACACCAUGAAGAGAAUCAUAACAACUUAGAUAGCUCUAUCAAGCCUCAUUCUGUAGAACCAGAUAUGAUGGAAUUAGGUAUGCGGAAAGAAGCCAAUACUGGCUCAAAUCCUGUUUCAGACAUGUAAAUAAUACAAUAGAGCAUAGGCAUUUUAAUAGAAGCAAAGAUUCAACAAUCUCCCGGACAACAGAGUCAUCAUUGUUACGAGGUUAGAGAGCAUCCUACACAAAGCGGCCUUUCAUUCUUUUAGGGGACCAAAAAAUGCGUCUCCUUGUGGAAGAAAAUGUGGUAAGAGUUAUAGGACCAUAUAUUUCUUUAUAUAUAUACUGUAUAGAAAAUUCUUGUUUCUUCACAAGGUUAAAGAAGCCAGCUAUGGGGAUGAACCCCUCAAGUGGCAUGGAUUAAAUUUUAUAAAGCAAGAAAAGGUCUGCUUGGUAAAUUUCAUCAUGG